ACAGCUAUCAAAGGGUUUGAUCAUUUACCGGGAACAUAAACAGUCCUGGACACACAAAGCACCUUCAGGUGCCAAAAUGGGGGUGAUUUCCAUUGUGCCCUGCCGGACCGCGCAGCAUCCGGGGAAAGCAAAAAAUCAAGCUGAAAAUGUCAUUUUCCUCCACAGCAACAUGCAAGCUCUGACUGCAGAGAAACCUCGGUGGAAUGCAGGGAAUCAGCCGUCGGGGAAGAUCCUCUCACUGGACAGGCAAGAGGCCAAGAAAGUGCUGGAGAUCUAUGUCAGGCGCUCGCUGAGCUGCUGCGAAAACUCACUGGUGGCCAAAAAAAGGCUUCAGGAGAGAGCUGGCGGGCGGGGGAGGAAGGCAGGUGGGAUACAACGGUCGGAAAGCGACUUCUCCAAGUAUUCGUGUGCCAAACUCAGCCCCAAGAAGGACCGGAAGGAGGGACCCAAAGCACCAGACCUGGAUGAGGCUCUGGAAUGUGACAGCAAAACUCCUGGGGAAGUCCCUAAAGAGGAGCUGAAGCCCAAGACGAAAAGCACAAAAAACUCCUCCCGGGGCAAAACCCAACGCACCUGGUUCAAAAGUUUCUUGAAUUUCCUCUUCAAGAAGAGCCCUGAGGACCAGAAGGAAAACGCAGGGCAGAAACCAAAGGAGAAAGAUGCCAAAGCUGCUCACAGCUCCAAACCAGAAGGGGCUAAAAGACCUGGAGUGGACUCGCACACGUCCCCACCACUGGGCAGAGCCCCAAAGAGGGGGCCCAGCCUCAAGAGGGCUUUCUCCUUCAAGAAGCAUGCGGAGGAGGAGCGGGGAGAGGCAGCAGCUGGGGCGAGGGCCAAGAGACCCAGCUGCCUUCCCCUGCGGCACAUCCAGGCGCCGGCCUCACCAGGAAUACGUGUUUCUCUUCCAGCAGACGUGGAGCAGCCCGACGGUUACUACGCACGGCUCUCAGAAGAGAUCGGGCUGAUCGUGCAGGGCAGCGAGAGCAAGGGGAGCACAGCACGCGGAUGCAGGGAGCCACCGCGUCCGGCCAGCGCCGACGGGAUCGAUGAAGCCAUCAGGAGAAUUGUCACCCUGCUCCAGAGCGCAGGAGAUGAGCUGGACAGGCAGGUGAAGGAAGACGCACGGCUACGGACGUUCUUCAGCGAUAUGUCCUACAGCUCCUUCAAGGACUUGGCUGACGCCUACGUCCGCAAGGAGAUGACGGCCAGCAGACCCAACGUCAACCCCCAAGAGAUCCAGUUUGCCUUAACAGUGCACCUCACGGCCAAGGUGGCGGGCAUCUGCAACCAGGCGGUGAACAGGAUCAUGGGCUUCGGCACCCGCUACCUGGAAGAUUCGUUUGCACCCUUGUCCUACAGCAAAAUUCUCCAGGACAAAGAAAAGUUCAGCACAGACAACUGCGAGAGCCCGGACUGACACCGGCUGCUCCGAAGGGCCUGCGGGGCCUGGGGAACCCAAGGAUGCAGAUUUACUGAUGGGGGGGACAGUCCCUCUUGGUGACCUGGAGGUGGGGUGAUUUUCUGACGUGUGGAUUUAAAAUCUUCUAAGGAAAACCGUAGCGAUAGCCAGAGCAGCAUGAAAUGCUUAAAACUCACCUGGCUGGUGGCGAAGAGUCUGUAAAUCAAACAAACCCCAAAUUUCACCCUGUAUUUGCAUUUUAGCUCUCACCAAGUGCAUGUGUUGAACCUCAUGGUUCAUUUGUGUUUAUGUGCGUGUAUUUAUUUACCUGCUUUUCUACGCAACAUAAUUUUUGUAGCUUCUGCUGUCAGCCAAUUAUCCAGUUCAGGAAA